AGGGAAUGAGGAUUCCAUCUCCACACGCGGUCGUCUUGUCCUCUUUCUUCAACUCCCAUUUUCGUCUCACACACCAUCUUCUUUUCCCCCAUCCAGUCCGAUUUCUUUCCCUACGUUUCGCGCACACUCUAGCAGUGACGAGGCUGGUUUCCUUGACACGCGACGCCCUACGCUCUUUACUUCUUGCUUCUCGAUCUAACGUGCUCGACGCACUUACCUGCCUUUCCCGCUCUUGGAAAUUGAGUCACUAUUGCUUGCCUGCCAUAUACAGAACUGCUUUUUGGCUUAAAUCAUGUUCUGGCGCAAGAAGACGGCCACGCCUUUACCCAACUAUCUCCCUCCCGCAUCUGCCGAACCUCCGAAACCUAUCCUGAAGAGGACUGUUGAAAGCCAGGAGGCUAGCAACCUUCGCUUUGCAGGUGAUACCAAGCAAUAUCUUGGCGAUGUUUCAAGUCCCAAUACCCAGCGACCUCCUCAUCUGCCCCACAGUCAUAACGAAAAUGACGAGACGCGUCGCGUGCGGCCAGCUCCUCUGGUUAUCGUAUCAUCACACGAUGGACCUCAGUUGCCAGCGUCUCCUGGAUCUCAAGGAUCGUACAGUCCCGGGGCAGAUUCUAUCUCUCGUGUACGCGCCCUUUCUUCGCGACGGUCUUCUAGACCCACAUCGCCCAGCACUUCAUCUUUCGGAGCGAGGGUACGAGCCAGCAACAACGGCCAGCAUCGCCGUCCAAGCGCUCCCUGUCAUAUUGUCAUGUCCUCCCCGCCAUCAUCAGCACCUGCAACAGAUGUCGCGGUUUGCACCCCUCCUGCUCGUUUCUCCCCUGCAAGUCAUGUGAUCACCACACCUCCUUCACCUUACCGACCUACGAGCGAACACGGCGCCCAAUUAGAAUUCCGUCCGUUUAACGAAAGAUUACCCAUGCUGGAUGAGGGUGGAUCCCCAGACCAUGACGUGGAAGAUGGGCCAGAUGCAGAUGUGCCGAUGUUGAAUAUAAUUCCGGCGACUCCCCAGGACCAAGGCGACGGUUUCCCUGCAAAAACAGAAGUCAAGGCUUUGGAAGCGGCUGCUCCCAUAGAGCAAAGUAUACGGGAGAUAGAAAGAGAAAUGGUGGAUAUCUCUUUGAAUGAUGAGCUAGCGGAGCAAACCAUUUGGGAAAGAGAAAGUGUGCCGACCAUUGACCUGGACUUCAAUUUCACUCCAUUGGAAUCGCUGAUGGAUUUCUCCAUCUCAAAAGAUCUGAUUACAGCAAUUCAGAACUCGUCUAUUCUUACUGAAGAACCUGGGCAACAUGGGUCGGCCGAUGAACCGCCUUCUCCCUUUUUGCAUGACCACCCUCCAACGCAGCCUCUUCCGCCUUCACCCCCCGAUCAGACCUUCUGCUCACUUCCUUCCCUCGAUUCCCACAACACUUCCGCCUCUCCUCCCCUUCCUCAAUCAUCCUCUAGUUCAUCUCUUGCGUCUUUUCCGGACGUAGAGGAGGCACUAGGCUCCAUGUUGGCGUCUCUGUCUGAACGCAGCAUGGCGUCCACUGCCAUACAUACUCUUCAAGAUAGGAAUUUCGAGUUUGGAGGCGAGGCUUGCGCAGGAUUCGACGAUAUGAUGGUAGGCGUUGGUCAUCGAACCGCUCCUCUUUCUAUCUCGACCUGCAACAACACACCCCAUUCUCGUAUCGCACGGCGAACUCCGCCCAAGCUUGACCUAUCAAGCAGCAAGUAUGGCCAUGUCGCACCGCAAGAACUCCAAUCUGCACCUCUUGCCAGCCGUCGUAACGCUUAUUUUCCAAACGCACGUGUUCAUCCCAACUCUUCUCCUAGCGGUAUCUUUACAGUCUCCCCAUCUUCCUCCCAAUCUAGUGUGUCAAGCGAGUCUCGUCAUGCGUCUCAUCCUACGCCAACGGCCGGUUUCUCGAAUUUCCCUGCCUCGGCUUCUGAGUCUGAGUUGAGCUAUAUGAACGGUGGCAGGCCCAUCCAAAGCUAUCGCGACUCCUUUAGUGGAAGUGAGAUCAGCGAUGAAGAGCUUUGCACAGCCAGCAUAAUCAGUGUGACGCCGGUCAUUGUACAGGAGAAAAUGGGCAUCAAAAUUGGGGAAGGCGGAGAUGUCAAAAAGGAACUUAUCUUCGGAGGACAUUUCUUGAAAGAAGACGCGAGUUUAGGGUUUGGUCUAGGUCUUGGUUUGGGAGUUGAGGGGGAUGAGGUUGGAUUGGCGAUCUAAAAAUCUAUGUUCGCUCGCAGAAGCGUAAAGCGGUUAUCGAAAAUUAAUAGUGUAUCGGAGUUUUGCCUAGUUUUCCCUCGGCCUUGUGAUUCUUCUUUGUUUCCAUAAUAUAAUCAUAGGCCCGUUAGUAACAAUAUAUCCUCUUUCUUCUAUAACCCAUAAGCUGUACAUUGCUCGAUGUGAUCCUAUCCCUGUUUUUUUGUUGUUGUUCCUUUUCGUGCAUUCUAUUGCAACGGCCUUUUUUGUCUGCAUCAUCAAAUAUCAAUUUAUCCCAUUGUGUCUGU